AUAGUUACUUAGCGAAGCGUCAAGAUGGCGGUGCCAGAAACAGAAAGGGAUGUUUUUAGACGUCAUGUUCAACAAACUUUUGCGGAUCACUACUCAGUUCACAAUGGUAUAUAUGUGGAAAGUGCUAGAAAUCAAUUUUUAAAAACUUUUAUUUAUGAAUAAUGGGAUUCUCUUUUGUUAUUAUCAAUAAUUAAAAGUAAUAAUGGAGUUGAUUAGUUACCAGUUACUACUGUCAGUACGUCCACUGAGUCUUCUGAGUUACUGUCGUCCCACCCGAGUCACUAUUGUGAUUGUGGCUAUACUAUUAUGAACAUAAUUAAUUACAACAUAAUAGUCAUCAGUGAUGAUGAAUCACCCUCACAGUUCUGAUUUUUUUUUUUUGUCUGGUAAUCUACCACUUCUUGAGCUUCAGUUAUGAAAAAAAUCAUGUUGUUCCAGUAGUACUGAUGAGCAGGAAGAGCUAUUUAAACCUUUAAAAGUUAAUGUAUGAUUUAUUAGAUAUUGAUAAGAUACAUUUCUUUUAUUGAUCCUAAUAAAUGGAAAUAUUUUUUAUGAAGCAUUAAAUAUUCAUUUCAUCACAUGCAUAAAAAUAAAAGACAAAAAUUUAAAAAUAGAAAAAUUUAAACAAUUUAAUGUAUGAAGGGCCAUCCAUAAAUGAUGUCACUCAAAUUUUGCAGAUUCAUCCCCUCUCUCCCCAUCAUCACAAAAAUUUAGACACCCCCUCAAAAAUAAUAUCACAAAUCUCUCCGCCCCCUCUAUUAAAAAUCCAUCUUUACACUACUGUCCUUUAUAAACCCUUAAAAAAUACACCUCCAAUGGAUAUUGAAUAACUGCACCUGUGUCGUAAAUAUUUCCCAGUCAGGGGUCAAAGCACCCCCGAGGUGCCAAAAACCCAUAAACUUGUAUUUCCGGCCAUUUAGUUUGAGCAUUACUUAUAAUCGUAAUAUUUAUAUUGUUUCUAGAAAGUUAAUUAAAGAAAUAAAACGUCAAUAAUUAAAUUAUUUAAUCAUUAUCAUUUUAAAAUUUUUGUUACCAUGUAAUUUAUGCUGAAAAUCUCUGCCCUAUAAUAUUUACUAAGAUCACCCCCGCCCCUGGUCAACCAUGUUUAGUUUCAUCUGAAUUUACAGGGUAUCCCUAGUUCUAUGACUCAUGUCUCUAAAUUUAGACAUAAAAUCUCACAACUGUCAAUGUCAUUACAUCCCAAUCUCCUCCUCCAUGACAUUCUAUAACUUGAUCAGAGGCCAUUUUUUGGACCUUACAUGCCUGUACCAAUUCUCUCAGGAAUCAUUGUUUUAAAAUAAAAUAGUUAUAAUUAUUGUAUAAAAGAAUAAAGUUAAAAGUGUCUGUAAUUUAGUGUUAUUAAGUGCAAUUUUUUUUCCAAUAAUGUUCAGCUUGUAAAGUGACAUCACAUUACUUAAACGCCUCCCACCCCCUUUGUCACACAUUGUCCCAAAAAUGUGACCCCCUGGACAUGUGACAUCAUUUAUUGAGAGCCCUUGAAAAGAAAACAGAGUUUGAGUUUAUAUCAUCUCCACGAAAAUGAUUGGAGGACAUGAACUCAUGCAAAUAUAUUGUGGCUUGUGCCAAACUAUCUUUUCAGUUUGCACUUUGCCUACAUCCACAGUUGUGUGUAGACGCCAGCAUCAUUUUGAUUGAAAAAAUUUUGUUGUUUAACAACAAUGGAGUGUUUGUAGAUUUUGUGUCUGAUCUGGUUUAUGUUUGUAUAUGCUGCCCAUCCCUCUGGUACAGUAAGUGAGCCUGGAAGGAUAAAUCUCUCACCUGUAAUGUGAUAGUUUGUCAUUCUAGUACUUCAACGAGAAAACAAAGCCCACUCUCUCUUUCUAUGCCACCAAAAACCCAGUGUCCACUUCACUAUACUAUUAACAGACAUCAAUAUACUAUUAACAGACAUCAAUAAAAGAAUAACCAUUUAAAUAGCACCCCAAACUGGAACAACACAUUUUUUUAAUUAACGAUGCUGAAGUGGUGGAUGACUUUUUUUUAAUGAUUUAGUUAUAGACUUGGGUUCUAGUCCUAAUCAAAGUUUUAAUAAUGAAUUAUACAUUUUUCAAGCUUGGUUGUAAAUCACUCUGUGAAUCAGUGAAUCAUCUUGACUGAAUACGGUCUUAUUUUCUUGAUUUUUUAAAUUUUCUGAUGCAUAUGAUAUGCUAAUAUGUUCACACAUGAAUGAAAUGACAUAUACCCAAUAUUCUUAUAAGACUAUGACUAUAGACUAUGUCUAUAGGGCCAUGUGAAAGGGCGGGCUAAGGGGGCACUUGCCCCAGGCACCAUCAUCAAGGUGCACCAAAAUCGUCCUUAGAUAGGACAUUAAUAGUGAACUAAAUUAUAAAAUAACAUGUAGUUCACAAAGACAAGGGGCGCUUAAAUCGUCUUUUAAAUGGUCUGCUCCAGGCAUCACUUUUUAAGCAUGUAAAAGAGCUUUACAAGUUAGCUUUUAGAGUCUGUUUAUAAAAGUUUUAAAAUAACUGUAUAAUUAUACUUUUUUGUGAUCAUGCAUCUUUUUUUAUUCUUCAGAUACUAAUUUCAAUGUCAAUAAUUCUAAUAGUGAAGAGAAACCAAAACAGUCACCUUAUUGCAUUCAAAAUUUUCUUUGGCUUGGAGUAGCUGCAACAGUUUUUUAUUUCAGUGACUUUUUAAAUGUAAUUUUAUUUGAUCAACGCAUAAAAAGGUAAACUGAUCAUUUUUUUGUUUGUCAUAAAAAGGCUAAUUAAAAUCAUAUAGCUAGCUUUAAAAAAAAUUAGCACAUACAUUUGAACAAUUCUCAGAAUGUUAAAUUGAAACAUAUAUUUAAAUAAUCCCUAAACAUUUCUGUGAAAAACUGAGGAAAUAGGGGCAAAGGCCUUGGUCACCUAAAUUUGGGAUGCCAAAAACAUUAUUUUUACAAAGUAUAUACAUAUACAUACAUAGUAAUCAUAUUAUUCCUUAAAUAGUUUGGGUGCACCGAUUACUUAACUUGGUCAUGUCGAUAAAUAAAGUGAUUGUAUUCUCAUCACCUUGUACCAAGCCAUUUAUAAGCCCAUGUGAAGAGUUUAGAAUAAAUCAGUUUCAUCUUUUCAGAAAUAAUAAGUAAGCAAAUGAAGAAAUCACUAAUGUUAUCUAGAGAAUUAAAUAAUCGCUUAAUUUUUUUAAUAAAAAAAAUUUGAGAAUUAUUAUCUCUUUUUUAACAUUAAAAAAAAAAAUAUCUUAAUAUAUGCUAAAAAUGUUACAAAAAUAAAUUGGUAGAUAACAAUCAUUGUGUGAGAUUGUCAUAUGUGCUCCAUCCAAAUCUGAGAAUGGAUGAUACUAGCUUCUGCUAAAAGCAAUACUAGAUAAACAAUGAAUUAAAAUGAAAUUUCAACAGAUUGUACUCACACUGAAUCCAUCCCUGGGAAUGCAGUAGCUUAGAACCCAAUUUACAUAGAAUGUUGUCUUAUUUAAUAUGUAUCUAAUCAUAUAAAUUCCUAUACAAUAAUGUAUCUGAUAAUGUCAAAUAAAAUGUAUUUAUGUAUUUUUUUCCCCCACAGUUCAUGGUUUUGGUGUGGUUUUUUAUCUUUUGGUGUUCAUGUAGGAAUCGCUUUAUUCCUUGUUUUUUGGCAAAGCAUUUGGAAAAAAGUCAGUUCUGAUGAAUUAGAAAGGAGAUAUCCAAAGGCAUAUCCAGUAGCAACUGCAGCAUUUCUUAUUGGAAUUUUAUGGUAAAAAUUUAUCUCAUUUUGAGAUUCUUUAUCUUUUGCUAAAUAUAUUAGAAUAUAGGGAUUGCACAGUAUAAGUGAUAGGUAAAUUAAGAAUAUUUUGUAACAUUGGUUGAGAUUUACCAUUUAUUUAUAAAUUGUAAGCAUGUAGUGAGAAGGGUUGAAGAAAUUUUAUAUUUAAGUUUUGCCUUUUUAAAUAAAAAAAAUGCUUUAAAAAAGUUAAAUGUUUUUGUUACCAUAAAUCCAGUUUUUGUUAUUAAAAAUUAGCAAUUAUGCUAAAAUUUUGGAUUAACAUAAACAUCUUUAAAUUUUGUCAAAAACAUUUUUUUAGAAAUGUGUAGUCAUAAUUUUCCUUUAUAGGCCUAGUAUAAUAACAAACAAAAUAAUUCCUGGCCAAUUAAUAAGGGCUUUGUUAUCAGUUCAGCAAUCUUAAAUGAAAUAUUAUAAUCAGAUUUAAUUAAAUUAGGACAAGGUAUUACAAUUUUGAAAAAUCAGAGAUUUUUAAUUUUCUGUAAAACAUUUGUAUUUUGAAAAAAAAGUAUACUAAAGACUGUAACACGGCUUAACAGUCUAUUUUCAACCUAUGUGAAGUUUAUUUAGCUGGGUAAGAUUAGAAUAAACAAACUAGUAAUGAUACUUGUAAAUUAAAAUUGUGACUCAUACAUUUUUUGCUGGAACAAAGCCUUAUUUUAUCAGAUGCAUUUCCCCAAGUAUAGGCUGUAUCUUUUUCUCCUUAUUUUAACUUUUAUAUUUAGUAUGCUGCAUACAAUUUGGAUUUUCAACAAAAAAAAAUAAUAGUUUUUUUAAAUUGCUCCACACUUAAUUAAAGGAAGGGCUUUUCAUGAGCUGCCUUAAUCACAAUAUGGUAAAUUUUAUUAAAGUGAAAAAGUAAGAGAUAUAUGAAUGGGUUCUGGGUUUGAUGUGAAGAGUUGGAGGGGAAAUUUUUAAAAAUGUAUUGAGAUCAUAAGGGAAUAAAUUCACAAUAAUAUGUCAUGCAUAACAUUUAAACUAAAAGACAAAUAUUGAUCAUUAAGUUUUCAGAGGGCAUAAAAAUGUAUUGGAUUUUUAUGUUCAUUUAACUUCCUUCUCAUGUUUCCAUCUCUGGGUAAGUUACUAGGGAGGAUGUAUCCAUGCUGCUUUAUUCAGUUAAAAUCCCAAAAUAAAAAUUUUAGUUACAUAAUUUUUAAAUGAUUUGAAAACAGUCUUAGGCAUCUGAAAUUGAAAAGGAAGCACUGGAACAAUACUUUUGUUUUUACAGAAGAGUCACUUCUGUUUUAAAAUUUGUUGCACAUAUAUAAAUUUUAUUUUUGGUACUCCCUUAUUGAAUGUGUUAGAUCAGGCCUGCACAACAUAUUCACUGCAGGUUGCCAGCACUCACUUUGCGGCUCGCGAAGUAACGAAAUAUUCAGUAUUAUUAUCAUUUUCUUAAUAGCUUUCCCCCCAUCCUAUUUUCUUUCUGCCCGCACAAGUUUUUCAUAAAGUAUUACGGCCCACCAUAUAUUUUGAGUUAUGCAGGCCUGGGUUAAAUAAACUAAUUGUUCGUAUUAGAUCCCUAACACAAAAAGGCUAAAAAGGCUGAAAAUCAACAGACUAUGCAAAAAUAGCUUUAGUCUUAGCACCUGAGCUACAGUUGCCCAGAGUAAAAACCUAAAAUGUUGAAAAAAACUUAGUACCUUGUAAUUGGAUUACUCUUUCUUUUGAGGACAGUUUUUUAAAAAGUUUUAACCUAUAUAAAUCUAAUUAUAAGAUUUUAGGUAAAGAUUCAAGAAAAUAUUAGAAAAGUGUGUUAUUAACUUUCAGAAGAAAAAAUCUCAUGCAUUUAUUUUGAAUAGAUAUUGUACACAUUGGAUUUGUCUUAAAGAAUGUCAAUAUACCUCUUAAUAAUGGGAUAUUAAGAAUGUUUUUGUCCACUAAUGCAGUUUAAUUCUUUUGAAAAUAAUUUUAUACCAUUUUUAUUGAUGAAAAUCAAUUCUUUUUGUGCAUCUUUUACAGCAUGUCCAUGAGCCUUUGGCCUGUGUGGGGAUUCUUGACUCCAGUUAUCUUAUUAAUUUUAUUUAUGGGAGGCAUAGUAAUAAUUGCAAUGCUUGGUUAAUAAUUUCUAUAUUCAAAUUAAAGACAACUAAUUUUUCUCAACUGCUGAGAGGAAUUGAUUUUUGCAUGAACAUUACCGUUUUUAAAAUCUAAAUAAAACACUCUAAAGAAACAAUAAACAUUGAUAUUGCACUAAAGAAUUAAAUUUUGUUUUCAAUUUAAAUGUAUUUUUUUAUUUACACUCACACAUUUCUGUAACAAAGUAAUACCAAUCAAUCUUAGAAUAGUUAACUUGUUCAUUGUACAUUUUUUAAAUAUAAUUAUAUUUACCUAUGGGAGAGGAAUAAUGUUAUCCUAUUUCUUUUUAAACAUUAUGUAAAAUAUAACAAAUUAAACAGGAUUAUUGUUCAUAACUAUGAAAACUGACCAUAUUUUUAUGUUUGCCAUUGUGAUGAAACUAUAUAUUUUAGAUGAUUAAACUUACCUACCUAAACGUAGGUUUAA